CUUCUAGGCUUCUUCUUCCCCGGCCUCGCCCCUGCGACCUCCCCGACUUGGUCCCUUCUUACUGGUGGCACAAGCAUCUAUGGUCGGGUGCUCUGCACCUGUGGGUUGCUUCUGUUAUUUGGGAAGUAUGCUUCGGAAUAUUUGGAGAAAUUGCUGGAAACCUACUAUUGUCAAUUGAGGUACCCUAUAGUUACCGAUGAAGCAUAUAAUAUGCUCAUUUUCUGGGUCUGCGCUCAGCCGUUUGCACGAUCGGCACGCACUUCCCUCGCGAAGGUA